AUGAAGAAUUCUUGGCUUUGGCUGGCGACUCUCGCCAUACCGGCGCUGGGGAAGCUGAACCUGGUUCAGCGAGAUGUCCCCGCAGUCGUCGACAUGAGUAUUCAGCGCAAAGAGGUUUCGGAUCCCGUGGCCCGAGACCGAGUGCGACGGAUGAAACGGAGUUCGACAAUUUCCCAGACCCUGGACAACGAAGAAACCCUGUACUUCUCUAAUGUCACCUUGGGAACACCGAAACAGAGCCUGCGCUUGGUCUUGGACACUGGUAGUAGUGAUCUAUGGGUCAAUGCACCUAACUCGACCCUCUGUAAAAGGAAGUCCGACCCCUGCAGCGACUCCGGCACCUACGACUCUAGUUCCUCAUCAACCUACGCCUUUGUAAAUUCCGAUUUCAAUAUUACUUAUGCGGAUGGCUCUGGUGCGACGGGUGACUAUGCCAGUGAUACUCUUACCAUCGGCUCGGCGACCUUAAAGAGUUUCCAGUUUGGCAUUGGCUUCACGUCAAGCUCCCCGGAGGGCGUGCUGGGAAUUGGAUACCCAUCUAACGAAGUUCAAGUUGGUGUGAGCGGGGGAAGUCCCUAUGCCAAUCUCCCAAAGGCCAUGGUCAAUAAAGGACUGAUCAAGUCCAGUGCCUACAGUUUGUGGUUAAAUGACUUGGAUGCUAACACUGGCUCGAUUUUGUUCGGUGGUGUAAAUACUAAGAAGUACCACGGCACUCUGGAAACCCUGCCCAUUCAGAAAUUUGGAGGCGGGUUCUCUGAGUUUAUCAUUGCCCUGACUGCCGUGGCCCUCACCAACUCAUCCGGCACUACCAACUACUCGUCCAGUGCACUGCCAGCGGCGGUUCUGCUCGACUCUGGCAGCUCCUUGACGUACCUCCCAGACGUGAUUGUCGAGAUGAUCUUCAAUGAUCUAGGGGUCACUUACGAUUCCUCGAGCGGAGUUGGAUUCAUGCCGUGUAGCAGUGGCUCGCAGAACAUCAACGUCUCGUAUACCUUCUCGUCACCUACCAUCAACGUGGCCUUGAGCGAGCUACUCCUGGAUGUGGGCGACUACUCCUUCAACAACGGCGAGCGCGCCUGCGCCUUUGGUAUCGUCCCGGCUGGUGACAGUAUGUCGGUUCUGGGCGACACAUUCCUGCGCAGCGCCUAUGUGGUGUACGACCUGGCCAAUAACGAGAUCUCCCUGGCCAACACGAACUUCAAUUCGACAGGGAACAACGUCCUCGAAAUUACCACCGGCUCCGACUCGGUUCCCGACGCUACAGCUGUUGCCAACCCGGUGACCUCUGUCGCUGCCGUAGGCUCCGGAGCUCGCAUUGGCGGCCCCCCUGGAGGCACUGGCGUCUUUUCAUCAGCCGGAGCGACCAAGAAUGCUGCUAUGCCCCGGCAAACGAGCAUGCCCCGGCAAAUUGUCCUCGGCUUGGCUGGUGCCGGGGCCUUGUUGGCACUCUGA